GUCGCGCGUGUAUUUUCCUCUCGACGCCGAAGAAAUUACGCUGCAAUUUCGAUUACUUUUUUUACUAUUUAAAUUCGUUGCUCUCUCUCUCUCUCUCUCGAGACCGAGAGAGAAGCCUUAGAUUGCUCAUGGUUUCGGUGGCCGAGAUGAGGAAGCAGAAUGUGAUAGUGCCGGAGGAGCUCGCCCUCACGAGGGCGAUGGCUGCGGCCGCAGCUAGCGGAGGCGACUCCGCCUUCCUAGGCGGAAUCGCCGCAAACUGCAAGAUUGUCAGCCAGCUCGAAAUAGGAAACGGCGGCGCCGGCGGCGCCGGCGGCGGAAGCGCGAGGAUCAACCCGUGGGUCGACUCCCUUCACGCCUCCUCCCCCACCCACGUCAAGGCCGCCUUCUCCGCCGCCCGCGAGGAGGAGGAGUACGAGAAAUGGGCGAGGCAGCACCCUUCUGCUCUGGUAAACUUCGACGACAUCGUCGCGACAUCGAAGGGGAAACGCAUCGUGAUGUUCCUCGAUUACGACGGCACUCUCUCUCCAAUUGUCGACGACCCGGACUGCGCCUUCAUGUCCGACGCCAUGCGAGAAGCCGUGAGAGACGUAGCGAGGCAUUUCCCCACUGCGAUCGUGAGCGGGAGAUGCCGCGACAAGGUGUUUAACUUCGUGCAAUUGAGGGAGUUGUACUACGCUGGGAGCCACGGCAUGGACAUCAAAGGCCCCAGCAAACAAACAAAGCGAACAAAUUCUAAGGACAAAUCUGUAUCCUUCCAACCCGCGAGCGAACACCUUCCCAUGAUCGAUGAGGUCUACAAAACGUUGGUGGAGAAAACAAAUUCAAUCUCAGGAUCGAGAAUCGAGAACAACAAAUUCACUCUUUCAGUUCACUUCCGCUGCGUCGACGAAAAGAAAUGGAGCUCCUUAACUGAUCAAGUCAGGGCAGUGGUCAAGGACUACCCUCAACUCACUCUCACAGUGGGAAGAAAGGUACUGGAAAUUCGGCCAACUAUUAAGUGGGACAAGGGGAAGGCCCUCGAGUUCUUGUUGGAAUCUCUCGGAUUCGCCGACUGCAGCAAUGUGUUCCCAGUUUACAUUGGAGACGAUAACACCGACGAAGAUGCUUUCAGGGUAUCACACAUAAUUCUUAUCCAAUUAAACAUUCAAUCUGUAAAAUAUUCAGUGUAUUUGCACUUCAGGUUUUGCAUGAAAGGGGACAGGGAGUGGGCAUUCUCGUUUCCAAGGUCGCAAAGAAAACCAAAGCAUCGUUUUCCCUCAGAGACCCUACUGAAGUUAAGGAAUUUUUGCGCCGUCUUGUGGAAUGGAAGCGCCGCCCUUCCUCCAAGAACUGAGUUGAGAUUAAUUAAGGAGCUUUUCUUUCCUUGAGUUGGAUCUUGUUGGCAAGGAUUAAUGUAGUUAUUCAAGAAAAUAAAGUAAGAGAUAUAAAAAAACAAAGUGAAUCCCUUAAAUUGUCAAAAAAUUUCCUCCAAGAUCCUUGUUCCCUCCGUGCCUCGCACUGCCAUUAUUCUGUCGGAAAAUGGAAGAGCAUUCACGCAGGCUGUUGAUGAUCUUUUUGUCAGCAAUGAAAUAAAGAAAUAU